UCUUUUUUUUUUUUUAUUUUGUUAAUUACCCUUUUCUUUAAAAAAAAAAUAACAACAAUAACGUAAUGUAAACAUGUAAUAUUAAUUAAACAAUUUUCACAGUAACACUGCAUUGUUUUUUUAAUCUAGUUCCCGAGUAAAUGGCACACGGACCCAUGAGUGGAAUGAAAAUCACCGGUGGAGAUAACGACCCCACCAAAGUGUACGAAGAAGAAGCUAAAGAUGGCAGAACAGGCCAAGACAUUGCGUUAAAAUAUACAAAGUACAAAGUAGCAGGUAACGGUUCUUUUGGUGUCGUCUAUCAAGCCAAAAUCGUCGGUACCGGUGAAAGUGUUGCCAUCAAGAAAGUCUUUCAAGACAGACGCUUCAAGAAUCGAGAACUGCAAAUUAUGCAAUGUGUUUGGCAUCCUAAUGUCGUGGCAUUGAAGGCUUACUUUUACAGUCAUGACCCUAUCAAGAAAGAUGAUGUAUAUUUGAAUUUGGUGUUGGAGUACAUCCCAGAGACUCUCUAUCGUACUUCACGCAAUUAUGCUAAAGCCAGACAACCUGUACCUAUACUCUAUGUAAAACUCUACACAUACCAAUUAAUGCGAUCUUUGGCUUAUAUCCAUUCACUCGGUAUUUGCCAUCGUGAUAUCAAGCCUCAGAAUCUAUUGAUUGAUCCCAACACAGGUGUACUCAAGUUAUGCGAUUUCGGAAGCGCAAAGGCUCUUCAUGCAGGAGAACCCAACGUUUCUUAUAUUUGUUCCCGCUAUUAUCGAGCACCUGAACUUAUCUUUGGAGCAACAAAUUACACCUGCAGUAUCGAUGUUUGGUCUGCAGGUUGUGUGAUGGCCGAACUCAUGUUAUGCCAACCUUUAUUCCCCGGUGAAAGUGCCAUUGAUCAACUUGUCGAGAUUAUCAAGGUCUUGGGUACACCUACCAAAGAUCAAUUAUUAGCCAUGAAUCCUUCUUACACCGAACAUCGUUUCCCUCAAAUUAAACCUCAUCCUUUCUCCAAAGUAUUUCGCUCACGUACACCUGAAGACGCUAUCGCUUUUAUCACAAAGACUUUACAGUAUGAACCCUUUAAGCGUUUAACUGCCUUUCAAGCUUUGGCAGAUCCCUUCUUUGAUGAAUUGCGUAAUCCCGGUGUUCGUAUGCUGAACGGCAAGGAAUUACCCAACUUGUUUGAUUUCACCCGUCAUGAAUUAUCUAUACAGCCUGAUUUGAUUCGUAAGCUCGUGCCCCCUCACUACGAAGCCACAUUAUUAGCUACAGGUGUUGAUAUCCAAAAUUUUGUUCCCAUGACAUCUCAAGAAAUGAGAAAUGAUAAUGUACCUCAUUAGAUUCCACCACGCCCACACACCCACACACCCACCCACACACACACCCACACACACACAGACACACACACACACACACACACA